AUGGCGACCGUCGCCACCACGGCGACUGCGCUGCUCACCUCGACGGUGACGCGCACUCUCGCUUCCACAGCUGCUUCGGCAUCAGCAAGCCAAAGAGCCGUGCCGCAAGGAGGUAUCCUGGAAGGCAUCAAUCCCUCCGAAUACGACCCAAAGCACCCAAUUAUCUUGUUUAUUAUCCAAGCAGGCAUCAUCAUUAUAUUUUGUCGUCUAUUGCAUUACCCGCUGUCUCUGAUACGCCAGCCUCGAGUCAUCGCAGAAGUCAUCGGCGGCAUCCUGCUAGGCCCGUCGGUCAUGGGCCGCAUUCCAGGCUUCACAGCAGCCAUCUUCCCGGAUGCCUCUAUUCCCAAUCUUAACCUAGUCGCUAAUCUUGGAUUGAUCCUCUUUCUGUUCCUCGUCGGCCUCGAAGUGGAUUUGCGAUAUUUCGUCAGCAACUGGAAGGUUGCCCUCAGCGUCGGUACGGCCGGCAUGGCAUUGCCCUUUGGUCUCGGCUGUGCCAUCGCCUGGGGCCUUUACAAUCAAUUCCAUGAUGAUCCUGGGACUGUGCCUAUUUCUUUCGGCAUCUACAUGUUGUUCAUUGGUGUGGCGAUGGCUAUCACGGCCUUUCCGGUUCUGUGUCGCAUCUUGACUGAAUUAAAGCUGCUACAAACGCCUGUGGGCGUCAUUGUGCUUUCGGCCGGCGUCAGUAAUGACGUUGUGGGUUGGGUUCUGCUUGCGCUGUGCGUAGCUCUCGUCAAUGCAGGAAGCGGACUCAGUGCGCUCUGGGUCUUGCUCACAUCGAUUGCUUUUAUUCUUUUCUUGGUCUUCGCAGUGCGGCCCGCAUUCAUGAUGAUCUUGCGUCGAUCAGGCGCACUCCGGGACGGGCCCUCCCAAGGCAUCGUCACUCUAACACUCAUGAUUGCGUUGGCAUCUUCCUUCUUCACUGGAGUCAUUGGUAUCCAUCCCAUCUUUGGUGCAUUCCUUGCUGGAUUGAUUUGUCCUCAUGAGGGAGGUUUUGCGAUCAAGGUCACCGAAAAGAUCGAAGAUCUCGUCAGCGGACUUCUGCUGCCACUCUACUUUGCACUCUCAGGACUCGCGACAAAUUUGGGAUUACUAAGCGAUGGCAUUACAUGGGCAUACGUCGUUGCGGUUAUUUUCGUCGCAUUCUUCGGAAAGUUUGCUGGCGGUACGAUCGGAGCCCGGAUGAAUGGCCUCGUCUGGCGGGAAUCCUUCACGAUCGGCGUCCUCAUGUCUUGCAAAGGUCUUGUCGAACUGAUUGUGCUGAACAUCGGUCUUCAAGCGCGGAUUCUGAGCACCCGAACGUUUACCAUUUUCGUCAUUAUGGCGCUGGUAACCACCUUUUCAACGACACCACUUACUUCGCUUCUUUAUCCGCCUUGGUACCAGCGUAAGCUCGAAGCAUGGAAACGGGGCGAGAUCGAUUGGGAUACCGGCAAACCCACAAGCGAUGGCGUCGUUGGAACUGCAAGCUUCGAAGCAGAAAAGGCUGAGUCUGCGCCUGUUAAGAAGCUUUUGGUCUAUCUCCGACUUGACACAAUGCCGACUGUCCUAGCUCUUGUGUCACUCUUUGGCGACAGAGCCGAGAUCACAUCCCGAGAGCAUCCUUCUUUGGUCGGGCAAGAAGAUCUUGACGCAUCAAUAGUCCUUCCGAGCAGGAGCGUACAGGUUCAUGGGGUACGAAUGGUUGAAUUGAACGAACGAGGGUCCACAGUCAUGAAAGUGUCCGAGGUGGAAGAGUACACCGUCUUCGAUCCUGUGCUAAAUGCAUUCCGAGUGCUGGGUCAGAUGUUCAACCUGGCAGUAUCUGGGGAGGUGACAAUUCAACCAGAGAGUAGCUUCGCCGAAACCAUUGCCAGCAAAGCGCAAGAGGAAUCCUCCGAUCUCUUGCUUCUCCCUUGGACUGAGACAGGCACUAUCAGUGAAGCGCAGGCCAUCUCGGACAGCAGCGUCAAGAACAAGCUCGCUAGCGCCUCCUAUGCAGACUUUGUCGCUCAGGCCAUGGAAUCUGUGCAGUGUAACACUGCAGUCUUCAUCAACAAGGGUUUUUCAGGAUCUCCCAAGCAACGACCAACGAUAUUACACCGCUCCUACAGUGGAAUUAGCAUGCGAAGCCAUCAGCAUGACCGAACGAAAGCACUCUCUCGCCUCCACCACAUCUUCAUGCCCUUCUUCGGCCUUGGCGCCGACGACCGCGUAGCCCUCCGCCUCGUUCUCCAACUCGCGCAAAACCCCGAAGUCACCGCAACCAUCGUCUACUUCAAAUCGAGCGAAACUACCUCUACCUCUCCUCCUGUCACUCGCGAAAUCGUGGCUCCCAAGGACGACCGAUCCCGACCCGCCGACGUCUCCCGCGCCCACUCCUCCGCCUCAAGCGCCAACUCCUCCGCCAACGUCGAAGACGCCUUUUUCGCCGCGAUGCAGCGCUCACUACCCGGGGACCUCGCCCGCCGUGUCAUUUUCGAACAUGCGGGACGCAGCGUGGCUCCCGUUGAUGCCGCACUUCAGCGGGCCCAGAGCGAGGUUGCACAGCAUCCGCGCCAGGAUGGCGACAUCAUCGUCCUGGGCCGUCAUCUCGAGGCCUUCUCCGAUCAGCGGCAGUCUGAUGGCACGCCGGAAUGUCUCGGCGCCGCGGCGGAGCAGAUACUAACAAGCGGCAUCCGGGCGAGCUUGCUCGUCGUCCGGGCGCGGACGCAGGCUGUUGAGCGGUGA